CUUGGGAAUGGGCAAUGGGCUUUUCUAGUGCCGUUCUUAGACCUUCAGUGAAAUCUCCCGCAGUGGAGGAGGAAGCUGCUCUCCCCUGUGGUGCUAAAAGGAGUUAAUCUAAAAGAGGCUUCCCAGCAUGUCCAUGCAACAGCAUGUUGGUGAUAAACAGGCUGCUGAUCUGGUGUGGGCAAAGUUUGUCUCCCUACUAGUAAGCUGCCUUACAAGCACUGAAGAGAAAAAAGAGAUAUGAGAAACAGUUGAGUCAAAUUGAUGGGACACUUUCAACUAUUGAGUUCCAGAGAGAGGCACUGGAAAAUUCCCACACCAACACAGAAGUACUCAAGAAUAUGGGUUAUGCUGCACAAGCUAUGAAAAAAGUGCAUGAAAAUAUGGACUUGAACAAAAUUGAUGAUUUGAUGCAAGAUAUCACUGAACAGCAAGAUGUUGCCCAGGAAAUUUCAGAUGCCAUCUCAAACCGAGCUGGCUUUGCUGAUGAAUUUGAUGAGGAUGAGUUGAUGGCAGAAUUGGAAGAACUGGAGCAAGAAGAAUUGAACAAAGGGAUGAGAGAUGUCAGGUUGCCAAGUGUUCCGUCCACAUCGCUGCCUUCUCACCCUGCAUCGACCAGGAAGAGAGCGGAGGAUGAAGAUGAAAUGAAGCAGCUAGCUGCCUGGGCUUCAUAAGAGCAUGGUCUUUUUAUAGCACUGGACAUUGUAAUGUAGAUGUAAAGAGCUGUUUUAUAACUGUACCAAUUUAGUGUGGUUGUAUUUCACACA